ACUGAGGAGUUUUUUUCUUUUUUUUUUUUUUUUCUUUCCAAUCCUCCUCAUCGUAUUUAAAUCUAUUUUUAGAAAGCAUAAUUUCGAGAUAAAAAUAUCGCGAACAGAACUUCCUCGCCGUACUACACGGCGAUAAUUUUAUAAAUUCUCCAAGGUUCCGACGCAAACUCUUUCGCGAACUUCGAAUUGAUAAUGAAAAUUAAUUAUGCCUCCUCCCUCGAAACGAAAUCGAUCCGUCCACACGCGGAUUAAAUUCGAAUCGAAAACGAGGAGAAAAUAGCCGCAUUAUUAUCGUAACGUGUAUAAUGAAAAAAAAAAAAGAAAAAGAAAUUUCCGCGCGAAAAACGAUAAACAUGCGCGAUACACCUUGCGAAAGUUCACAAGCGCGCCAUUACGCAAUUCAAUAUCGAUACCAAUUGCAAAUAUCGGUAUUGGCGCGUUCGAAGCACGUUCCAUGAUUCCCAAGGAAAAGGAACGUGCAACGUUCGACGAUAAAAUCGAGGGAAAUGUUGAUACUCCUUUCUUUUUUUUUUUUCCUCUCUCGUCACUUUUCUCUCCCCUUUUUUCUUCCUUUUUUUUUUCUUCUUUUCGUUCUCGGCCUGCACAAUGACUCGCAUGAAAUAAAGCGUGAGAGCACGGGGGGAGCAAAACUAGUAGGCGGAUUAGGUAUGUAGAUAUGUGAGAAUCGACUAGUCGUAGGCGAACGAUCGGCGCAACGUUGAUUGCAAUUUUACAUAGGAGCUUCGUAAUGCUCCUCCCUGCGUGCGCUCGCAUCCAGAUAAUCUGGCAACUUUAUGAUAUAUGAAUGACGUUGUCGUAUUUCACGGGCACAACGCGACGCUUUGUAUCGUGUUUUGUGAAUGCUUUGCUACCGACAACCGAAAUAUUCGAAAUGGUUUUACUUAGUGAAUUUUCAAUUCUGUUUCUUUUUAUCUUAGAACGAGUGGGGUAAUUUGGUUUAAAAAAAUUAAAACGUUGGAGUCGAGGGGAUCAAAAAUGUCAAAAAUGUUUGGAUCGCGUUGUAAAAAUUGAAAUGAGUAAGCUCUUUAGAGAAGAAAUUUAAUGUAAGACGUUCACUUGGAAAGUUAUUUGCGUUAAGGAUUAAAUCGUGGUGUUUGAAAAAGUGGCGAAGCUCGGAGAUUGUAAAUGUCGUUGUUGUUAGAAUUGUAAAUGGACGGACGAACGUUUUUAACUCGAUUUGACGAAUUAGGUGGAAGGCGCGUUAAUAGUUGUUGCGAUUAAUUGGGACCAACUUGUAUUUUCUUUUUUAUCCGAAUACGAACGAAACGUGUGAUUUCUUAAUCUGGUCGUUAAGAACGUUAGAUAAGGGCAUCUUAAUUAUUCUGCACGCUUUUUCAGCUUUAUUCACGCGGGUAAUAUGUUGCAUAAUACGAAGCACGGUGAUUCGUUUUCUUACGUUUAAAUAAUAGUUUACUGGAUAAGUACUAAUAAAGCGGUGCGUUUUAAUAGACGCAUUGCGUGUACUGGCUUUUCUCUCGGUAGCUAUUGCACGAAACACUGAGUUAAUGUUAUGGUUAUGAGAUGUGAUAUUCGCAGCCCAAUUUCGAUGAACGACUUCAAGUUUUACUCAUAAUACGCUUGCUAACUCAUUUUAUGAAUGCACCGGCUUAUCUUCGGGUUUAAGUGGUAUUUAAAUUGUUAAAACGAACAUCCAUUUAUUUCUUUCCCGUUUAAUUUUGCUCGAAAAAUAAUUCACAAGUUUCACAAAUGAUAAUUAAAAAUUGAUUAAAAUAAUAAUUAUCGUGAAAUCGAAGUCUCUUUGCUAGGAAUAAAGAUUGAAAAAUUCUAUUAUAUAGAGACGUAUCCGCAACGAAGAAUGAUUUACCAUUCGCUUUAUUAUUUAAAUAAAAAUUAUCGACGAGUAAUUUAGCUUUCUUUUCACUUAUAAUUAAUUAGCAUUUAGAAGUAUUGAGAUUUCAUUUGAAUACGUUUGAGUUAAAAUUCAAAACUUCACCCUUUGCCGUUGAAUUUUAUUCAUCCGGUUACAAAACUGGAACUUUGAUCGAUGAUAUCGAUCACGACCAUUGGCUAAUUUGUUUUACAAAGUUAAUAAAUAUAUAUAAUAUGCAAUUAUAAUUGAUUACAUUGAUUCAUCGAAUUUAUUUAUUCUCUUAUAACUCUGUUCCGCUUGUCGAAACUUUCUUCCGUUAAAAAUACCGUGCAUUUUCAAACGAAAUAAUACAUUAAUUUAAAAUUCAUUCCAUCAAUUACGAUCAUUUUAAUCCUUAACGCCGAUCAACAAUCCAUAUAAUCACAUAUAUAUUCAUACACCAACACAUUCACUCACUGCUAUCACCUUUAACUCUUGCUCCAUCCUUUCCACAAAGAUGUCUAAAAAUACUCCACCUUUUCCAACAAUAUCCACGCACAACAUCCACAAAUCUAUUCUCGAGCAUCCCCCGAGCAAAGAGAUCAAUCAUCCCGAUCAAGCAUCCAAAUGAAUCACCACCCUACCAUCCUCGUCAUCGUCCUUAUCAUCGCCGUCGUCACGAUAAAAAAAAAAAAGAACAACAAUAAUAAUAACAUCGUCUUCUCGACGACACGGUUCGCCGCUAAGAAUCCCAAACAGCCGAGUAAUUCGCUCGAGUUGGCUGGCUUUCGCUGUUAGGAUCCAUCGCCAGGAAAAGUCUUCGUGGAAACUCGGCCCGCUAUAAAUACAUAUGCGCGUUCGAUGAAUCGGCCGCGUGUGCCAUACUGUUCCAAACAGUUUGCGCGCGGUUAUUGCGCGCGCCAGGUCGCGCGACGAAUGCGAAAUCGCGAGGAGAAGGCGCGUCCACGCACGCCCGAGCAGCGUAUAUCUCGCGAUUAACGAGAGCGAGCGCGAUGAAAAUGGACUCGCGCUCUCGUAGAUGAGCCCUGGCGAUGAGGAGAGAGAGGAGAGAGACGAGAGGGUUCUCUGUGCGGCGCAUGACGAGGUUGCAGAUGAGAAUUUGGUUGGAUUAGGUGGAAGGUGGUUGGUGACAACACGUGACGUGCAACUUCGAAAUAGUUCGAGGGAAAUUUGUAUCGAUCUUUGAAUCAAGUUAUUUGGUUUCUCGUUUUUUUUUUUAAGGAGAAACGGAAUUCCGAUCGAAAAUAGAAUUAAAGGGAAAUUAAAAUGGUUUUUUGGAUGGAUAAAAUUGUUGUGCGCGUGUCUGGGAUUUGCAUCGCGAGUACAUUUGUCGUCUCGUGUUAUUUAGUAGGGGGGAAAUCAUUUCCAAAAAUUCUUAAAGGAGGUAUAAAGAUAAGAGAAGUUUGAGGGAGUUUCCUCCAAAGUUUUGAUAUCUCUCUGAAAGAACGUUCGGCGUGGUAAAGUUUAAGCGGAGAUUUAGAAAAAUUUAUAGUCGUAGUUUCGAAUACUGACUCCCGCGAUACAUUUCGGGAACAAGAAAGUUAUUUCUAAGACUACGAAGUGAAGUGAAUUUCGCGAGGCGAUCUUAUACGAGUCAUAUUUCGUUGGAGUUUGCUGAUGUAUGCAUGUCGAAUCUAUUACUUUUCUUAAUACUUUUCCAGAAUAAAUUAGAGACCAAGAAAUCAUUUACAUUUAGAUACGAGUAUAUACAAAAUUUGCAACGAAAUGCAAAUUCUACGAUAGCUUUCAUUCAAAGUCGCGCUAUAAAUCGCGUUUAAUUAUGUCGUUAAUUAUCCAAAAUACCCGUUUCGCGUUAUUCGCGUUGAUUUAGCGCUAAUAAUAUGUAUCUUAAUACCGCGUAUAAACGAUUGUAAUUAAUGCGAUAUAGCGAUAAUUAAACAAUAUCAGAACUAGUGACAUUUGUUCUCGCGACCAGUAUGUUUCACGAUUUGACUUGUUUACCAUUUAAAUGAAAAUCCUGGCUUGCAAAUAUGCAAGUUCAUCGCGUGACACGUGUCAGGAACGGCGUCGAGCAUCAUCCGGAAUCGCAGUGAUCGAAUCGUUGUGAAGAAAACGAGCGAACAGAGGUUCGUGUAAAUGCAAAACGGAAAUUGAUUCCUCCUUCGUUGACUUGCAUUUCGAAUCGUGACAUUUCGAUGCACUAGCGUUCGAGGAACAGCGGCGCACGCGAAUGCCUUCGUAUGCGUCCUACACGAGGAUCGUGUGCACCAAUAUUCGCACAGUUCCGAGCUUAACGAUCAAGGGAGCAAUUAAACGACCGGCGAAGACACGUGGUAGUAUAAUUCUCGAAUCAGUUCCGCUGAUCGAGAACCGUUUUAGCUUAACGGAGGCGCACCGUUCGACGGUUAAUCGAUUAAUCGACCGAUUCGUCCGGCCAAUUAACCGUUUCGAUCGCGUAGAACCGUGCAGAAGGGGGUAUCGGUUAGCCGAUUGAUCAACUUUUCUUUUUUCUAUUUUGCCCGAUUAUCACUGCCAGUCCUGUUUUCCGGUAAUUAAACCGAGCAAGUAAGAUUGGAUAUAGGAGGGAGUGAUUUUUGAUUUUUGCCGAUUUGUCUAUUCAAUGGUGGAAUUGCCGUUAAAACCGUCGAUGAAAGUCAAUAGGUGGUAAGUGGAUUAACGCAAAAGUGUCGAUUAACGCGUUAAAUAAUUUUUAUGAUCGGCCGAUUGGAUCGAUCAGAGGUGUUAAUGGAUUGGCUCUGAUCAAUUUAAAACGUGCCAGACUCUCGUCUCGUCGGCAUGGGACGUUGCUAGAACAUCGCAAAUUGAAAACGUGGAAAAGUUUGAAAUAAAUUUUCUAUCUAUAGAUUUUCUCUUCUCUCUUUUGCCAAUUUUCUUUACGAAUUAGGAAUAACGAUCGUAUAAUUUGGGAUCGUCGUUUACGAGACUCCUCGAAAAAAAUACGACGAUGUUUAAAAAUUUAUCGUAAAUUUAGAGUGAAAUCGUCGUUCGCAACAAUCGAACGAUAUAAACUUCGUAUCGGUGAGAACGUGAUUCACGGCGAAAAAAAAAAAGAGGAGGCGCGAUUAAAAACGAGGAGAAUCCUCGAAGCAUCCCUCAUUGUUACGAGCGUAUGCGGCCACGUAUCGACUGUUGUACGAUGCAUAUUCAGCGUGUGACAGCGAUCAUGCAGAUGCGGGCGUGCUUUCUAAAUUUCACUGGAAGCAUUCCGGAAAACGUGUGACGCGUGCCGGUCUUUCGUCAAAUCGAAUAAAGGCUAUUGUACGCGUCGCAGCCGCGUGCGGACUAAAAAUAAACGGAACUAAAUGACGAGCAUGUUUCACUGGUUGGAUGUAAAUCGUCGCCGUUGCGCCACUUCGCGACAAAGACGUUUCAAUUGCGCGACAAGUUUCCACGCAACUUCCUGCCGAACUAUAACCGACUUUUAUAAGGUUUCAUCGUUACAAAAACUGUGAAAAAGAAAGAAAGAAAGAAAGAAAAAAAAGAGGAAAGAGCCAUCAAUUGCUCUCUGUUCGCAUCGAAUGCUUUUAUUACGUUUGGCUCGUUAGUUUACCGCUGAACGGAGGGAGGGGAAAAAAAAAAAAAGGAAGAAAGAAAAAUAAAGAGAGAAGGACCGAGUGAGGAAAGAAGGUUGAAGGAUGGUCGGCUCUUCAGAGCCACUCGAAAGCUAAAGUCCCCUCCGUGCCGUUUCCUUGGGGACGAAAUGAACUUCAUUACGGAUAUUCUUCAAACGGGAUCCCCGGAAAAAGGGACGACAAAGCUGAAAGGAAUUAAUUUCUUCGGUUGCAACUGACUACCUUUCUCUCUCUCUCUCUCUCUCACGAACAUAUUCUCUCUCUUUUCCUCGUUACGAACGGGAUUCGUGUUUGGUGAACGCGAGAGAGUGCCGCAUUAAAAUCAAUAUGCCGUAACUUUAAAUGACGGGCAUCGACUGCGAGGUGAAAAGCGACCAUACGCCGGACAUCAAAAAAAAAAAAAAAAAAAUAAAGAAAGAAAAAAAGAGAAGGGAAGCGAGAGAUAAUGUCGACAGAUAAAGGUGUUGUUAGACGUGAAACGUAAUCGAGAACUGGCGAUUAAUAACUGAACUCGCCGGUUUCUAACAAUUAUCGGACGCGGUCAUUAAUAUUGUUAACCAUAUGCGAUACCGCGAUGGUGUUCAAGGUGUUACGACUCCUUUCGACAUUCUUUCGUACGUAGGUGCGAAUAUUGUGCAAAUUAUGCUAUUGGAAGAAAUAUCUCGCAUGUGGGAGUUUUUUCUCAUGUGCGAUCGUUCAAAUCAGAUAUAAUAAAAUAGAUAAAUGUCAGGCGAUGAAAUGUAAGGUUAUAUGAAACUUAUUUUUCUUAAGAUGGUGAUCAAUGAUUACACAAAUAAUAAUUUUUGUGAUUUUAUAAGUAUAAAGUCGUUGUUGGUUCAAUGGUAAGGUUAACGAAUUGAAAGAUAAGAUUGAGAGAACUUGUAAAAAUAUCGUGCCUAAAUCUUGAUGGUAAAACAACAUUGACACCCGACAGGAGCAAAAAGAUAGUGGAAUUCAGACGAGUGGUAGUCACGAGUGAGCAACGCUUCAGUGAGUCAGUUUCAAGUACAGACACACCGUACGUGCCUUUUCAUAUUUCAGAGAUUCUCUCGGACCCUCCAAUUUUCCUCGAAUCACGAGUAGUACCGGCUUCCGAAUUUUUUAAAUUAUCGUUGCACACGUCCUUCUAGUAUUCUUUUUUCCAACGGGUAUCUUCUAAUUACGAAAUUCAUAACUCUUUUUUCUCCUUAACGAAUUUUGCGUUGAAUAAUCCUGACAUUUUUCCAACUUUUUUUUACACAGCGUGAAACUAAAGAAUAUUUGAUGCUAUUCCAAGUUUUAACGUAUAUAUUUUCUACUUAACAGUACUUUUUUCCUUAACCGGUUACUAGAACCGAUAUCGGACGACCCUCGUUUUAUUAGUAUAACUUCUAUUUCUUUAAAUCCUCGGUUACUUUUCUCAAACUUUAAAGAACGUAUAUUCCAAUUAACAAUCGACAUAUCAUUCAAAUUAACACCUAUCAUUUAUCGUUACCGUUGUUAUCAUCGAAAACUAUCCAAUUGUCGCGGGAUAUUCAAAAGGGAGUCGGUGCAAAGGAGAAGCGCAUCGAUAAAUCCCAGACAGAAAGAAAGAAGGAGCGAGUAAGUCGAAAAGAGGGGAAAAAGGAAGAAAAAGAGAGAGAGGGAAUGGCGCGAACAGCGCGCGAGUGGUGGCGAGUGCCGCGAGUAGCAGCGAUGUGGGUCAACCGCGAGGCGACCGCGAGAGGCCCCGAGGGUCGCCGAGAAUCGGCGAGAAUGGCCGAGCGGCAAUCACGUUGCGCGCAUCUGGGUCACCGGCGUACUGGCGCAUGCGCAGUUCCCUCCCUCGGUCGUUCACCGUUGACCAAGUUACUAACCUUCCGACACCCGGUCGCCAGUUAGCUUCUCGUAUUGACCGCUGGAAAAACGUUGACUUUUCUCGCAUGAGAAACCCGUCGGAGCUUUUCGUUGGCUCUCCAGAAGCACAAGGGAAGCCGCGAAACACGCCCAGAUCGAAAUAAUCCCGUGCAAGGUGUGUGGCGACAAGAGCAGCGGUGUUCAUUAUGGCGUGAUCACCUGCGAGGGCUGCAAAGGCUUCUUCAGGCGGUCCCAGUCGUCGGUCGUCAACUAUCAAUGUCCGCGGAACAAGAAUUGCGUGGUCGACCGUGUAAACAGAAACCGGUGCCAGUACUGUCGGUUGCAAAAGUGCCUACGCCUCGGCAUGUCUAGAGAUGCCGUUAAAUUCGGGCGCAUGUCGAAGAAGCAGCGGGAGAAGGUCGAGGACGAAGUGAGGUUCCACAAGGCACAAAUGAGAGCGGCCUCCGAGACUGCGCCCGACAGCAGUGUGUUUGAACAUCAGACCCCAAGCAGUUCGGAUCAGCAUCAUCCUUUCAAUGGCGGGUAUACGUAUGGCGGUAGUGAAUACGCUUCCCCUGGCCCCGGCACGGGGGGGUCGGGUUAUUACAAUCAUCAAGCGAUGACGAACUACGAGCUUAGCGCCGACUACGUCGACAGCACGACGACCUACGAUCCACGACCGACGCAGACGCAGGUCGCGGACACUGUCGCCCCUGAUACGCCCUCCGCUGUCACAGCGGCUGGGGUACUUCCCAGCGUGGUCACCACCGGGAAGUCGCUGUCUGCCUCGACGACCGGAAGCAGCACGGGGGGUGGUGGUGGAGGUGGUGGUGGUGGAGGCGGUGGUGGUGGUAGUAGCGGCGGCGGAGGCGGUGGUGGCGGUGGUGGCGGUGGUAAUGGUGGUGGAUCCGGUGGUGGUGGCUCGGGUGGUGGAGGGAGCGGUUCUGGCACCGGGGGCGGUGCGGCCGCCGGUGGCGGUGGCGGUGCCGGUUCCCUGAGCGGGGGUGGAAUCGUUGCUGUUAAGCAAGAGACCACCGUCGAACUGGCCAGCUUGGGCCACGGCUCGUACACGAUGGUCGACUCGACGACCUUUCUGAGCGGUCAGCAACAGAGGGUCAGCAAUCCAUCCGAGGACGACGAAGUGCCGAGUCUGCCCAGUAUGUCCCAUGCGAGAUAUCCGGCACAGAUCAGCGAGCUGCUCUCAAAAACGAUAGCGGAUGCACACGCAAGAACGUGUCUGCUGUCGACGGAACAGAUUCAGGAAUCUUUCCGGAAGCCGCAUGAUCUCUCCAGAUUGAUCUACUACAAGAACAUGGCGCACGAACAACUCUGGCUCGAGUGUGCCCAAAAACUAACCACCGUUAUCCAGCAGAUCAUCGAGUUUGCCAAGAUGGUUCCUGGAUUCAUGAAGCUCUCGCAGGACGACCAGAUUGUUCUAUUAAAGGCUGGUUCCUUCGAGUUGGCUGUGCUACGUAUGAGCAGGUACCUCGAUCUCCAGCAAAACUGUGUCCUCUAUGGUGACACUAUGUUGCCUCAGGACGCGUUUUACACGACAGAUACAGCGGAAAUGAAGCUUGUCUCUUGCGUGUUUGAGUUGGCCAGGAGUAUUGCCGAAUUGAAGCUUACGGAAACAGAGCUGGCUCUUUAUAGUGCAGCGGUUCUCCUUAGUCCCGAUCGGCCGGGGCUGAAAGGGCUUGCGGAAAUCACGAGACUGUCCCAGGCGGUGAUCAGGGCGCUCAGGUCGGAGCUGGAUCGUAACCACGUGUCGCCCAUAAAGGGCGAUGUGACGGUGUGCGACGCGAUCCUCGCAAAGAUACCACAGCUCCGCGAGAUCUCCCUGUUGCACAUGGACGCCCUGGCCAAGUUCAAACGGUCCCAGCCGCACCUCGAGUUCCCGGCCCUUCACAAAGAGCUUUUCAGCGUCGAUAGCUGAACGAUCGACGCGGCGCAGGGCGUCCCGACGCUGACGAACAAAGCGGUACGCGAGUAGCGCCGGGCCUUGCUCUGUCAAGGUGAGUUCCACCGUCCGGAAAAUAAGGAAAAACGAAAAAUGAAAGAACGGGAGAGAGAGAGAGAGAGAGAGAGAGAGAGGGACAGAGAGAGAGAGAGAGAGAGAGAGAGAGAGAGAGAGAGAGGAAGAGAGAGAAAUUAAAAUUUGGAGGGAAGGAGAUGGCGAUGCGUUAUUCGACGAACGAUGGUCGCGCUACCUAGGAAGUCGCUACGAUUAGUCGCUGGAAAACACGAGAUUUUGGGGCCGAGAUUGAUGAGCGAGAGGCGUCGAAGGGUUCGGAGAACGUGGUGCGAGUAGUGAGAGGCUAUUUUUUCUUUCACGUUUCGUGUCUCUCGAAGAGAUCGUUGAGGGAACGACUUUUAUUUUAUUAUUCUUGUUUCUUUUCUCUUUUCUCGUUUCUUCUUCCCUUCUUCCUUUCUGAGUUUAGUUUUAUAGAAAAAAGUCGCACUGUUGAAAAUUCACGUCCGCUUUCCGCAAUUGUAAUCCUUGUCAUCUAUCCGAAAUUAUAUAAUCCCUUCGAGGAUCGAAGAAGAUUAUCCGAGAAAAGAAGGAACUAAAUGAAAGCUUUCGUUACGAAGAUAACGUUUAAUUUAUGAAAUUCUUUUUUUUUUUUUAAUCGAGACAUUGUCGAGAAAUCUAUGCUGAAAGAAUGCAAAGAGAAUUAUUCUUCUUCUAAAAGAAGUAAAGAGAAGUAUUCGUUUCACUUGCACGCUCUUCCUUCAAACCCUUCGAUUCCAGCCCAUAAUUAAGAUCCUCGAAUCGAGUCUUACGAACAACAAAUCGAUCGAAUCGAAGACGAAGGUAUGGUUGUUGUGGUUACUCUCACGCAGUUUAUUGUAUAUAAAUUCUCCUUUCGGUCUCGUCCGAUUCGGCAUCGACGAAAAUUGUACAUGAACGAUAGAGCAGGGCCAUUUCAUAACCGAGAUAGUAUAAUAUCUUUAAUCUUAUCUGUAAAGAGACCUGCGCAACCCGAUUUCACGAUUGCCCAAACAACCGACUUCGUUUGGAGCUCGUUAUGCUUCGGAUCUUGAAUUAUACAUACACGCAAGCGAACCGGCUUUGAAAAAUCGAUAUUUCGAGCGGGGAAACAAGUAACUGAUAUUGUUGUUAACUUGCGAUAUUGUUGUAAAUUUCUUCGUUUUGUUUUCUCCCCCCCCCCCUCCCUCCCUUUGAUUCUUUGUUAUAUAUAUAUAUAUAACAAAGAGAGAAGAAAAAGAAAGAACCCGUAACUUGUAUUCCUUUUUUUCGGUCAGAAACUAUUACUGCGUCCUAAUGUCGUUACUAUUACUAUUAUAUAAUAAUUACAAUUAUUAUUAUUAUUAUUAUUAUCGUUACUGUUAUUAUUAUUAUUAUUAUUAUUACUAUUUUUAUUGCGAUUAUUAAUAUCUUUUUUAUUUUAUUAUUUUUCUCUCCUCCUCCCCUGUUUCUCUUUUUAAAAAUCUUCGCUUUCUUUUCUUUCUUUCUUUCUCAUAAAUCGUGCACAAACCGUGGUAGGAUAAUUCAUAAUUAAGAUUUUCUUUCUUUCGUUCUUUUUUUCACCUCAUUUUCUUUGUUUCUUUUUUUUUAUUUCUCCCGCAAAGAUCUUGGGGUUUCUGAAAGAAAACUAGAAAGUUCACGAAAGGGAAUGACGAAUAGAAAGUACGAAUAAAAUAGAGUCUACUGGGUUUUUCUAUUUUCAAUCACGUGUUAUGGGUUCUUCUCGAAAUAACAACAUCGAUGCUAUCUAACUUAUUUUCAAAAAUGUACGGAACGAUACUUUUUUUCCUUUUUAUGUUUUUCUUUUUUUUUUUUCCUCCCCUUAAUUGUUAUUAUAUGAAUCGAUAUUAUACAUAUUAUUGUAUAAAAAGAAAAAGAAAUUUUGAAUUAUACACACGUUUAAACGUCCCAACGAAGGACAGAACUUUUGUAAGAAAUAAUAAAGUAUUAUAAGCGAUUUAUUCGUUACAUGAUGUGGUUUUUCUAACCUGUGAAAGUCUGUAAUUAAUAAAUGUAAGGAUGUUCUUGUUAUUCGCUAUUCGAGGAUAAUUUAAUUAUCCUUCAUUUCACGAGAAAAGUUACCUGAGAUGUUGAAUUAAAUUUUUAAGAUAAAAUAAUAAUUGAAAGUUACAUCACUUUUUAAGGUAUCACUUUUUAAAGUAGUUAAAUUACAUUUAAAAAGAAAUCGAAAACUUAUUGUUUCAAUUAUCGCGAGACAAAAUGUGAUAACUUCCAAUUUACUCAAAAAUUAAUUCAACAUUUUAAUAACUUUUCUUGCCAGGCUCAUUCCAAAAUUAAUCUUGAAUUCUGAUGCAUGUAUACGAUUGUAAACCUAAAUCUUUGCGCUUGUAUAUAUUGUAUAAAUUAAUUCGAAAUGAUCUAUCGUGUGUUUAAUUUGUUUUAUCAAAAUGUUAUGAAAAGGGUUUCUGAAAACCUGGUAGGCUUUAUCACUAUUGAUAUGAUACGCGUUAAGUAGAUCACAAGAAGUUUCAGAUAUUUUUUUUUUUUUUAACAUUUGUGCGAAAGUUACUUGUUUCUUCUGAUCUACAGCGACCCUUCCUAGGGAGCGUUGAGACACUAUGGCGUGCAAAAAACGAACUUAGGAUCGUAGGAGGAACAGCGCGAAAGAAAAGCGUGGGACGCGUCGAGGCAAUCAGAACGGUGAUAGAUGAUAGGCAGACACGAAUUUUGGCAAUAAUUUUUACAGAUAAAAAUAAAUUAUUCACCGAGAAAAAUCGAUUUUAUAUGUUUGAUAGUUUUAUGUUACAGUUCUAAAUUUAAUCGGUUAUGUAAGCCUUGCGAAUUUUGCAAUGAUUUAAAAAAUUUAAAGAGAGAAUUAAAACGCAUCGAUGAUAUCCUCGAGGAAAAAAUUCGAUUGUUAAACUAUACCUUUGUCCAAAAGAACUAUUUUUUUUUCUCAAAUAUAUCUAUUGUUAAAAUAAUUAGAAUGAACAAUGAAACGAUAUUCCAUAGUUUUAUUACAAUUGAUUCGAUUUGGACGAAGACUAUUAACCAUUUAAAGUAUUAAGAAAAGGUUCGUUUCGCUCGGUCUGAUCAUAUCGGGACACAUCUACUUGCGUUCUUUUAGCCUCGAUUACGAAUCGUCGCGUCUGGGACGACAUCGAGAGAGAGAGAGGGAGAAAGAAAGAGAGAGAGAGAAAGAGGGGAUGGGAAAAGAAUAAACUCUGAAUGACAAAAUACGCAGAAAAAGAGAAAGAGAAAGAGAGUGAGAGAGAGAGAGAGAGAGAGAGAAAAGAAACACUCAUGAAAUAAAAAGAAAAGAAAAAGAAAAAAAACACUCGGACUCAUCUCUAUCGACUGAAUAGUUCUAUACUCGCGGUGCUUACGACAGGGAGCAAAAGAGGUACAAGCGUUUAACCGUAUAUUCGUCUCCUUUCUGUUGCAGAUUAUUUCCUUCGUAAAGAACGUAUUGGGCCUUAAAUAAACAUAACAUUGUUAUAUAUAAAGUAUACAUAAAAAAGCAACAUAAAGUAUAUAUAUGAAAGAUAUAUAGAAGUAUAUAUAUAUGUUUAUAUAUAUAUAUAAAUAUACAUACAAUAUAUAUAUAUAUAUACAUAUAUACAUAUAUAUAUACAGAUAUAAAAUAUAUUAUAUAUAUAUAUAUAUAUAGAGAGAGAGAGAGAGCGAGAACAUGUGAAGCUUGAGAGAGAAAACGCGUGAUACGAUUGCGUGCGUGUGAGAGAGACGAGAAGCGCGAAUGGGAGUGAGAAAGAGAGUGAUAAAACGGUAUGACAGGGAAAAAAAUGGAGAAAUGCGAAUAGAGGAGAAGAGAGGAUCGAAUGAGAGAGAGAGAGAGAGUUAGAUAGCUGCGUGAUAAUAAAAUUAACGAGAGAGAGAACUGAGAAAUAUCGGUUGUUAUGAUGAUAUACAUAUAAAGAAGUAUAUAUAUUGUAUUAAUUAAAAUAAAGCAAAAAAAAAAGUGGUUAAUUAAGGGCCCUGCCAGUACGGUCCACGGACGAUCUACGAUAUAUACAUAUAUCUAUAUUACGGGGGGACUGGCGAUGUACGGGGGAAUGUUGGUCGGGCCGUCGCUCGCGUCAUAGCAAACCGAUUAUACAUUUAAAUAAACGCAAAUGGUGCAAAAAAAAAAGUGAAGAAUUACCCGAACGAAAUAGCGUCGUGUCGACGAAGUCGUGUCACGGUAUCGAGCAUGGCUGGGAAUCGCAUCGACGUCAAAUCGAGUCAAGCCAAUUCAGUUUUUGUUACAGACAUCGAGAAAAAUAAAAAAAAUAAAAAAUAACGAAUCAGAAGAUAGAACAAAGUGAACAAUACAAUUGGAAUCGAAAAGAAAAAAAGAAGGAAACGAAAUAAAAAGAAGAAUAGGCAUCGAUGCGAUGAUCAGCCGGCCACGCUGUGCGCAACUUCGCGUUAGUGGUUCGCAUAGUUCCCUCUCUGAGCUACUUUAGACUCUAUAAUAUGUAUAAACAUACACGCAUAUAUAUAAAUAUCAUAAAUAUAUAUACAUAUUAAAGAAAAAAAUAAUAAUAAUUAAAAGGGUGAAAAAAAAACGAUCACAAUUCCGACGGCGCGGCCAAGAUUCAACGGUCCCUUGUGCUUAAAGAGAAGAUUUAAGAAAUAACAAAAAAUGGUAAAAAAAGAGAUGGAACAGAAAUGGAAAGAUAUAUAAGAAAAAAAGGAAGUGUUAGAGAGACAUAUUAUAUAUAUAUAUAUAUAUAAAAAUAAAGAUAAAAUAAAUAAAAAAAAAAAAAGGAACUUUUGUCCCUGGAUCGGCCUGGCCGGCUCACGGACGCAACACGUGGAAAUAUAAUGAAAGGAAAAAAGAAAAAAAAAACAGAAAAAGAAAAAAAAAGUAUGAGGAACACAGGCACACGGAUACAUACACACGAUAUACACACACCUGCAGCGAGACUAAAAAAAGAAAUACGACUAAAAAUGGAAACACUUUUACAUACACGAUGUCUGCGCGAGCGCGUAGAUAGAGAUUAAAUCGAGGUAACAUUAUGUGCGCAUUAUAAACGUUUUGGUACUGUACGGCACUGUAUGACGCGUCUCUUUAUACGUAAAACACGUACUUCUUAACUAAAUAAUAAUAUCCAUCGCCGCGGUGAAGCCUCUCGAAGCGUUUUUUACGCACCGUUACCGGCUUUCCUCGCUUUCGUCGGCCGGGCGAAAUACAUACCACUGGCUGAUAAAUCAUCCAUCGUGCCACGACGCCCGAGCGUACAUAUGCCAAUCCGAUUUCCGUGAGAUUCCGGACGAUCGUGUGCUUUCCUCAUUCUUAUAUAUAAUAACAAUAUGCUACUUGUCGAUAUUUUUUUUUUUUAAUUUUCCAACAUUUUAAGAGUUGAAAGAAAUAUAUAGAUUUUUUUUUUUUUAUCAAAAUUGAAACCUCGCUAUAAAUUCGGCUAUUAUAUAGUAUUUUAUAAACUUUGGAACGAGAGAUGUGGUUUCGUGGAUUGGAAAUAAUAUCGAAAACGUAUAUGUGAUAAAAUUAGCGAAUUUAGUGUAAUUAUAUAAUAUAUAUUUGUACUCGUAUAUUAGAACUCGUACGUUCGUAAUUUCAUUCGAUAUGUUGAUUCUUUGCGCUUUUAUGUGUUCCUCAUUUUCUUCUCCGUAAGAAUAGUUUCUAGUUCUAGUAACGAAGACUAUCUUAGAUAUCCAGAUUGUCGAUAACUUUAAGCUUCUUGUCUUUUGUACAAAAUAAUCUUGUAAGCUUGAUAUAUAUAACAUAUAUUUCAGAAACGAAAACUGUAUGAAACUGUAUGAAUUUUAUGAACAACACGGAACAAAAGUGCAAAGAAUUGAAUUUCUGUCGUUUAAUUUAUCAUGAAAAUCACUUGUCUUCGACAUUUCAAACGUACAAAUACCCCCCAAAUUUUUAUAUUAAAUAAAAAGCAAGUUUUGAAAGCAAGAAACAAAAUAACAAAAAAGCAAAAUAUUAAUUAAUAAUCGACAAAAGGAUCGUACAUGAAUGUCCAUCCCUUUCAUCGCUACGAUCAAAAAAGGAAAAAGAAAAAAAAAAAAGAAAAAGAAAAAAACUAAAAAAUAAAAUACAAAUUUAAUCUCGAUACAAUGAACGAACGCAAAUUCUCGACAACGAAAGGGAUUAUUACGGAAAUCGUUUUUGGCCCUAUGCUCGAUGCACGGACUGUAUAAAUGAUCGUGAAGAGACACUUCGUGGAUUCAAUAUAUAUCAAUGUGAUGACGAUCAACGACCAAUAGGUUUUUCCUUUUUCGAGAGACGUCGUUUGUUGCGGCCGCACGUUUCACUUCGCUGUUAAGUCCGUUUUUUGUACGCGAUCAACGAUUCCGGUUGAGGACACACACGUUAACUCGUUAGUUAGGUAUUAUUAAACAUAAGGCCGACCGUUUUUUAAAUCGCAGAGGAGACGGUUUGGUCGUCAAAAACACGAUAUCGUUGGCGAAUUAUCGUUAUAGACGCUUUAAGAGGAACGCGAGUAACGAUCGGGUAACGCGUUCACGAUCUUUCUCGAAUAAUUUCUCGGUCUCGCGUUUACAAUUUUUCAUUACACAGAGAAAAGUUCUAAUUUCGAUAAAUUCUAAGAAGAAGAAAAAGAUCGAUCGAUCAUCGAGGAACCAUACUCGAGAACCUCGUGUUCCCCGUGAGUUAAUUGCGUUUGCGACGUUCUUUGCGACUCGAUCGAUCUGCGAUCUCUCAGAUUGUGACCGUGUCGUCGAUUAGGCAGAGGAUGUUGUAUAGUUGAAUAAAUAGUGUUUUAUACGUAUAUUCUCCUCUCGUGAAAACAAAAAAAGCGACACGAAUUUUGAUUAUAAACUUGUUAUUAAAAUAAAUUCGAGUCUAGCGAAUAAUAGGAAAAUUUUGUUAGUUGAAAAUUAAUUCCAUGAAAUGGUUAAUAUUAAUAUAAUAAAUUCUACGUGAUCCUGGCGCCCUUAAAUAUCUGACUGUUUUUUCAAUCUUGAUAUAAACGAAAACAAUUUUAAAUCUCGUGUUCAUUGUGGCGCCAGUUAAAAAGACAAAAAUGGCGGCGAACAAGCGCCGAUUAUUCAACUAUAGCGUUCUUUCUGCUUGUAAUAACGAACGCCAAUUAUCGAGAACGUCGGGUUAGCCGAGUUUUUAAGCCGCUAAGUUUUCGAGUUUCGUAGCGUACCGGGAGCGUCGCCGAUACUUUACAGUUAUAAAAGUGUCCCACAUUUUUAGCGCAGCUUAGCAGACCGCGUAGCGUGACUGUAGUUUAGACUUUUAACAAACUUUAUAAGAUAAGUUUUUUCUUCACGGUAAAGUAUCGUCCUCGCCUCGUAACAAAAAUCCUCUUCUCUUUAUUGUAAUUUAGCGUGACGUUUAAUCCCUCAAGCGGCGGCCCAAACACUGUACGAAUUCAUCGUUCAUCGAACGAGAUAAUCGAGCGCAUUUUUUGUAUUCGCGAUGCUAAGAAUUAAAGAAAAAGAAAAAAGAAAAAGAAAAAAAAAGAGACAAAAAGCGAUUCACAUCAUGUUACAUCAACGUUUAUAAUAUCGUUCACCGCGUUCAUUUAAUUGUAUUGCCCAAGGACACGCUGCUUAAGGGAUUAUUCGGAUUUUAAUCAUCACUUCGAAUCCUUCGAAUGAGUCGAGCGACGUGUCGAGUGGAAAUAAAAGAAUAUAAAGGAAAAGUAACGGAGAAUAACAAAUAAAGAGAAACGUGGCGAUGAUUGUUCGAAAGUGGAAGAGGGAAACGUGUUUUCUCAUACAAGGUGUUGUUUAUUGAAACGUCAUAGAUGCGAGAAAUGAAAUAUAAUCGAGUCGUAAAACGAAAAAGAGAAGGAAAGAAGGGGAAAAAAUGAAAAAGGAUGAAAAGAAGAGAGAGAGAGAGAGAGAGAGAGAGAGAGGAUUGAAUGUUGAAUUAUAUUAUAACGUUGAGGAGAUAAAAGGGGCAAGUAUGAGAGUAUAAAAGAAAUAGGAACAAAUUGGAAUGGAAGAAGGCUCGACGAGAGCGAUGGUGAAUCUGUCACGGUGCGCCGACUGACACGUUUUCGGACGGUUUAAAUAUACUUAUAGCGAAAUUAAGAAAUGCAUAUUAUUCUGCCGAUUAACGAGUAAGUGCGUAGAAUUCGUUUAACUGUAGAUAAAGAAAAAAAAAACACGUACACAGUCACGUACGCGCGAGUGCAAGAUACAUUACCACCUGUAAUCGUUCACCCACAACCACCGACCCACCCAUAUGUACACAGCGUACAAAACACAGGUACAACAUAUACAUAAGUACAUAUAUACAUACAUACAUACAUACAUACAUACAGUCGAAUACAUUGACACUGAUACAGGAAACAAUUACAUUACUUAGACGUCGGAGAUAACCCGAUGUACGGUUUAAGAGAGAAAAUAAUAUUAAAAAAAAAAAAAAAAAGAAUAAUAAUAAUCACAAAAACGAAACGAAUGGAAGAGAGAAAGUGAGGAAGUGAGAGAGCGAGAGAAAGGGAGAAUUAAAGAAAAAAAUUAAUGCAAAACACACACACACAAAGGCGCAACACGUACACGCGCACGCACGUUGCAAUUAGACGUUAUUAUCGCAAUUUGGAGUUAAAUUUUAUAAUAUAUAAUAUAUAAAAAUAUAUAUAUAAUAAAUAAAAGUUGACGGAUAA